CACGACAUCUUGCUGCAGGUUCGGAAUAAGCGCACAGUGACCGCUUGUUUUUCCAUUUCGUAAAAUCUACCCAAAAGAGACGGUAACCGCCUUUCUUGCUGUAAUGAAGACAUAAACCCAUACGUGGACGGAUGAUGGAUAUAUCUUGUUUUGUACUUUUAUCUCACAAAAUGAGACAAAGGGGACGGCAGUCAUGGCGACCAUUGCUUGGAAUAUUGGUUUUGCUGUCAUUUUUCCGAUCGGCCUCGGCUCAACUGCGAUACUCUAUAUCAGAGGAGUUGGAGGAGGGAAGCUUCGUUGGUUAUGUUGCUAGAGAUUUGGGAAUAGAUCUCAAUGUGAUGAGACAGAGGGGAUUUCAUAUUAUGCCUGGCUCGAGUGAACCUCUUUUUAAGGUAAAUGAGAUUGACGGUGUUCUUUAUACGAACCACAAAAUCGACCGAGAAGAUGUAUGUAAGGAGAGCUCUGUCUGUUUGAUAACCCUUAAAACUGUUCUCGAAAAUCCACUAGAAGUGCACUAUGUGACAGUGGAGAUAACAGAUUUGAACGACCACUCUCCCACAUUUCCAGAGAAAAUUAAAAGGCUGGAAAUCUUUGAAUCCACUUUGCCAGGGGCAAGAUAUCAGUUACAAAAUGCCCAUGAUCCGGAUGGUGGAAAAAACUCUGUUCAACAGUAUAAAAUCAGCCCUAAUGACUUUUUUCGUUUAGAAAUUAAAGACCGGGGUAGAGAUGGUAAAACUCCGAUUUUACAAUUACAGAGACAGCUAGACAGAGAAGCCCAACGUAGUCAUAAAUUUGUGUUGACAGCAAUAGAUGGCGGAAACGCCCCACAAACUGGUACAGUGGAAAUAUACAUUGAAGUUCUAGAUGUUAAUGACAACAUGCCAGUGUUUACAAAGGACACGUAUUCGGCAGUGAUACAAGAAAAUGCCCCCAUUGGCACAACCGUAAUCCAAGUUAACGCAACCGAUUUGGAUGACGGUGCCAACGGAGAAGUGGUGUAUUCCUUUGGCAAUGACGUUAAAUUUAAAAUUCGAGAGCUGUUUGACAUCGAGCCUGUUACUGGGGAGAUCACCGUUAAAGGUCAUGUGGAUUUUGAGGAACAAGACAGCUAUGACAUUGAUAUACAGGCUUCUGAUAAGGGAAGCAUUCCAUUCAGAACAGAUAAGAGUGUUAUAAUUAAAAUUGGAGAUGAAAAUGAUAAUCCUCCUGAGAUAGAGGUGGCAUCAUUAUCAAGUGCAGUUUCAGAGGACUCCAGGCCAGGAACAACCGUAGCACUUAUCAGCAUUACCGAUUUAGAUUCUGGAGUGAACGGCAAAAUAAUUAGCUAUAUCGCUGAAGAAAGUCCCUUUGCAUUAACUCCGUCUAUACAAGAUAACAUGUUUGCUGUCGUCACAAAAUCCCUGCUCGACAGAGAGCAACAGGAAAGAUAUGUUAUUACAAUAAUCGCCAAAGACGCAGGCGAACCAGCCUUAACAUCCGAAAAAACUAUUAGUGUGUUCGUGUCCGAUAAGAAUGACAACGGUCCCGAGUUUUCGACUAGUCCAUACACUUUCUACAUCACCGAAAAUAACACUCCAGGAGCAUCUGUUUUCUCUGUAACAGCAUCUGAUCGUGACGAGGGAGAAAACGCUCUCAUUUCAUAUCAUAUUCUCAGAAAUACAGCAAAUGGAAAUAAAGAGUCAUCAUUUCUUAAUAUCAAUCUUGAAAAUGGAGACAUUGUGGCGCUCAAAAGUUUUGACUUUGAGACACUGAAAAAGUUUCAGUUCCACGUUGUUGCAUCGGAUUCUGGAACUCCGUCACUGAGCAGCAACGUCACUGUGAACGUGUUCAUUCUGGAUCAGAACGACAACGCUCCAGUCAUCCUGUAUCCAGUCAGCUCGAACGGUUCUGCUAAAGGUGUGGAGGAGAUUCCCCGCAAUGUGAACGCAGGAUACGUGGUGACUAAAGUCAGAGCCUAUGACGCUGAUAUAGGAUAUAAUGGCUGGUUACUGUUUUCACUGCAGGAAGUUACUGAACACAGUCUCUUUACUUUGGACCGCUAUACAGGACAGAUCAAAACACUACGUCCAUUCACAGAGACAGACGAGGCUGAGCAUAAACUGGUCAUACUGGUCAAAGACAAUGGGAACGUUUCACUCUCAGCAACAGCUACUGUCAUUGUCAAAGUUGUGGAGCCCAAAGAAGCUUUUGCAGCUUCUGAUGUUAAAAGUUCAGCAAAAGCAGAUGAGGAUACUAAUGUGACUUUUUACCUGAUGAUAACGUUGGGCUCAGUUUCAGCUCUUUUUCUCAUCAGUAUCAUUGUGUUGAUUGCAAUGCAGUGUUCAAAUACCACAGACUAUACUUCUAAAUAUCUACCAGAGGCUAAUUAUGAUGGGACACUGUGUCACAGCAUCCAGUACAGAUCUGGAGACAAACGGUACAUGUUAGUUGGACCCAGGAUGAGUAUAGGAUCUACUAUAGUCCCAGGAAGUCAUGCGAAUACACUAGUGCUUCCUGACAGAAGAGGGAUAUCUGGGGAGGUAAGAUCUACAUUUUCACUGUCUCUCCCUUCUGAAUGGACGAUGAAGGCACUUGGUCUGUAA